AUGGCUCGACCGAAUGGUAGCAGGUUGACGGGAGACCCUAAGGAGGACUAUCCGAUUGUCAUGGCGAUCGAUUUCGGAACGACGUUCACAGGAUGCGCCUUUGCGUUCAGAAAGGACCCAGAAAUUCAAGAGAUCAUUACCUGGCCUAAGCAGGCAUAUCAGUACCCGAAAGUACCGACCAUCAGCUUGUACAAACUGGACUCGCCCGAUUUCCUGGACUGGGGAUACCCAGCGCGAGCGGUAAUGAUGACCCCGAACGCAAAGAAGCAUCUGCUGCUCAGUAAGUUCAAGCUACAAUUGGAUGAUCAGCAGGAGAAUAUCGAACCUUUGCCUCUGGGAAUCAAACCACUGGACGCGAUCUCGGAUUAUCUGUGCAAAUUCCAUGCGCACGUCGUCAAGGAGGCGAUGAAGAACUUUGGAUCGACCUAUGAUCAGUCCCAUAUCCAGUACUGUCUGACAGUCCCCGCCAUGUGGUCCGAUCGUGCGAAGCAUGUGAUGCGUCUGGCGGCUGUCCGGGCGGGAAUGAUCAGGGAGGACGAUCCUGCGCAUCGAUUGAUCAUUGUGUCCGAGCCUGAGGCCGCGGCCAUGUACUGUCAGUCGAAGGGAGAUCAAUUCAACCUGCAGAAGCACGACCGAUUCUUGAUCUGUGAUGCCGGUGGUGGAACGGUUGAUUUGAUCGUCUUUGAGGUCGUUGAUGUGAACCCGGAGACGGGCAUCCGGAGUCUGCGAGAAGUCACGAGGGGUCAUGGAGCCUCCUGUGGAUCGGCCUUCUUGGACGCAAACAUGGAGAAGCUGCUGAGAGAGAAGUUCCGGAAAUACCCAUUGACACCCAUGGGAUGGGGCACGAUCAUGGACACGUUUGUGAACCAGACAAAGCCAAUCUUCCCAGGAACGGACCCAGAAAUGUACCUGCAGGUUCCCAAUAUCCCAAACUUGCCUGACGCAAAUGAUAUCGAUAUUGGGUUGGAGGACGGGAUGUUGAAGUUGAUGGUCUCGGAACUGCACGAGCGCGUGUUCGACCCUGUGGUGAAGGAUGUACUGGACCUGAUCGAGUACCAGCUUCAGCAGACGCAUUGUGAGGCUAUUUUCUUGGUGGGUGGAUUCGGUUCGUCGCGGUACUUGUUUGAUAGGGUCACGGCCAAGUUUGCGACAUCAGGACGACAGGUGCGUGUGCCUCCUCGUGCAGAGUUGGCGGUCGUGCGUGGUGCGGUCACCUAUGGUCUUCACCAGGGUUCGAUUAUCUCCCGUGUCGCGCGUCGUUGGUACGGAGUCGACUCGGCCAUGGACUUUAUUCCGGGUGUCGAUCCCGAGGAGAAGAAGACGCUCUCGCGCGAUGGCACAGUUCGUUGUAAGGACAGGUUUUCGGUCUAUAUUACUCCUGGUCAGUCUGUAGCGCUGGGCGAGUGUGUGACGAAAAAGUACAUGACCUGGUGCUACCCACGCCCACUGGACUGCCCACUGUACGUGUCUGACUCGGAGAACGAGCCCCGCUAUGUGGACGAGCCCUCGGUCAAGAAAUUGGGCGACUUCCAGAUCCCAAUGCCAGACAUCCCGGGCAUGAUGCCUGGAGCCGAGGUCCUGGUCGAGGUCAAGAUGCAUUUCGGAGAAACUGAAGUCCGUGCGGAGGCAUUGGUGCUCGGACAGACGGUGACGGCCGUCUGUCAAUGGAUUGGAUGA